CUCAUCAAAAUACCAAGGAGUUGCAUGCUCUUUUGUUUCUGGCGGCUGGUACACAGGAUGGCUAAGCCUUUCCUUGUUGAUCACAUUUUUAUUAGAGCAAUUUCACUGGAAGGUUAUGUUUCGUUUACUCUCAUCUCUUGGAGUCGUUAUUUGUUUGCUAAGUUUAACCUAUGGUUGGAUCAAACAGAAUGGAGAUAUCCCCAACAGAAAUCGAACACCGUUUUGCAACUGGUCCUUAUGUAAACGUCCACGAUAUUUUGUUUUGGUUUUUGGUUCAGCAGUAUCAAUGUUGGGAUUUCCUGUUGCAAAUUUCUUUUUGGCAGAUCGUGCUAAAGCGUACGGCAUUCACGAAAGCCAAUCAAAAUGGUUUUACGUUGUGUUUGGAAUUUUUGGCAUUACAUUCGGACUUAUAGCUGGAAAGAUUGGGGAUAUGAUAAUAAGAUAUCACGUUAUUUUGAAUAUAUCAAGUCUCCUUUUUCAUGGUUUUCUGAGAGACGCAACUGGCACAUUCAAACUUCCUUUAAUUAUUGCUGGAUGUUUGGAAAUCGUCGGAGCGUUAAUAUCGUUUCCAGUUGCCAGAGUAAAAAUUGGUGAUGAACCAGGCCAGGACAACCAUGAGAAUAGUGAAAACAACAACAAUAUUUAGCAAGAGACGAAG